AGAUGAGACAGAAAGACCAGGGUACCAUGAAUCAUUGUAUGAUGCUCUUCAGUCUUUACGAGAUAAGGAAUUCUCUGCUUUCUAUGACAGUCUUAAAGAUGCCAGAGUGAAUGAAGUCGAAGAGCUGUGCAAAGGCAGUCUUGAGUCUGUUUAUUCAUUAUAUCCAACUCUUUGCAGACUACAGCUAAUUGGAGAGUUGGAAAAUAUAGGUCUGCUGUUCUCCAGAUCUGUUACUACUCAACAACUGAAUGAUAUUUAUUUGAAAUGGCAGAGACAGUCCCAGCUUCUCAAGGACAGUGACUUCCGUUUCCAGGAACCUGUCAUGGCUCUGCGCACUGUAAUUUUGGAGAUCUUGCUUGAAAAGGAGAAUGAAAAUACCAAAAGAGAAUGUAUUAAAGACAUCCUGACCAAACAUCUAGUGGAGCUCUCUAGAUUGGCAAGAACUGCUAAAAACACGCAGCUUCCAGAAAGAGCGAUGUUUCAGAUCAAACAAUACAAUCCAACAGGAUAUGGAGUUUCUGAAUGGCAACUAGAAGAAGCUCAGGUUUUUUGGGCUAAAAAGGAAGAGAGUCUUGCACUGAAUAUCCUUAAAAGAAUGAUUAAAAAAUUAGAGGCAGAUUGGUUUCAGGUUGAGAAUGAUCCCCAUCUGAAAUUGAUGUACACAGAGUGUCUGAGGCUGUGCGGAACCUGGUUAGCGGAAACAUGCUUGGAAAACCCUACAGUUAUCAUGCAGAAGUACUUGGAAAAGGCUGUGGAAAUUGCUGCAGGCCACAGUGGAGACAGCAGUGGUGAGCUGAAGAAAGGAAAGAUGAAGGCGUUCCUGUCUUUGGCUCGUUUCUCAGAUAAUCAGUACCAGCGAAUUGAGAAUUACAUGAAAUCCUCAGAGUUUGAAAAUAAGCAGGCAUUACUGAAGAAGGCCAAGGAGGAGGUCGGCCUCCUCAGGGAGUGUAAAGUUCAGACAAAUAGAUAUACAGUGAAGGUUCAGCGAGAACUUGAACUGGAUGAGUGUGCCAUACGUGCCCUAACUGAAGAUCGUACACGUUUCUUGUGUAAAGCAGUGGAGAACUAUAUCAGCUGUUUAGUAAGUGGAGAAGAACAUGAUAUGUGGAUCUUCCGACUCUGUUCCCUAUGGCUUGAAAAUUCUGGAGUUGAUAGAGUCAAUGAAAUGAUGAAGAAAAAUGCAGAGAAGAUCCCAUCAUACAAGUUUUUGCCUCUGAUGUACCAGCUGGCUGCUCGGAUGGGAACCAAGAUGAUGGGUGGCUUAGGAUUUCAUGAAGUUCUGAAUAACCUAAUGUCUAGAAUUUCACUGGAUCAUCCACAUCAUACUUUGUUUAUAAUACUAGCUUUGGCAAAUGCUAACAAAGAUGAACUCCUCACAAAACCAGACACAAUGAGAAGAAAUAAGUUAAUUAAAAAUGCACCGAAAGAAAUCUCCCAGCUUGAUGUGGACAGAAUGGAGGCUGCUAGCAAUAUAAUCAAUAUUGUAAGAAAAAGGAGAGCUCAUAUGGUUAGAAACCUUGAAGCACUUUGUGAUGCUUACAUCACAUUAGCAAAUGUAGAUGCUACUCCAUGGAAAUCUCAAAGAAAAGGAAUAAGUAUUCCAGCUGACCAGCCAAUUCUUAAACUGAAGAACUUGGAGAAUGUUGUUGUUCCUACCAUGGAAAUUAAGGUGGAUCCCACAGGAAGAUACGAAAAUUUGGUGACAAUAAGGUCUUUUAAGCCAGAAUUUCGGUUAGCAGGAGGCGUGAAUCUGCCUAAAAUAAUAGAUUGUGUAGGAUCAGAUGGUAAAGAAAGGAGGCAGCUGGUCAAGGGGCGUGAUGACCUGAGACAAGAUGCUGUUAUGCAACAGGUUUUCCAGAUGUGCAACACAUUGCUCCAGCAAAACACUGAAACACGGAAGAGAAAAUUAACUAUCCGGAGAUACAAGGUGGUUCCCCUUUCCCAGAGAAGCGGCGUUCUUGAGUGGUGCUCGGGAACAACUCCCAUUGGGGAGUUUCUUGUGAACAUCGAAGACGGAGCUCACAAGAGAUACAGGCCAAAGGAUUACUCCAGCUAUCAGUGUCAGAAAAUAAUGUCGGAUGUGCAAAAGAAACAUUCUGAAGAGAAAUACAACAUCUUCAUGGAAGUCUGCAAGAAUUUUCAGCCUGUGUUUCGUUAUUUCUGCAUGGAAAAAUUCCUCGAUCCAGCUGUGUGGUUUGAAAAACGGUUGGCGUACACUCGCAGUGUGGCUACAUCUUCUAUAGUUGGCUACAUACUGGGACUUGGAGACAGACACGUUCAGAAUAUCCUCAUAGAUGAACAGACUGCAGAACUAGUGCAUAUAGAUCUGGGGGUUGCUUUUGAGCAAGGUAAAAUCCUUCCCACACCAGAGACUGUUCCAUUUAGAUUAACCAGGGACAUUGUGGACGGAAUGGGUAUUACUGGCGUGGAAGGAGUCUUCAGAAGAUGCUGUGAGAAAACAAUGGCCGUUAUGAGGAAUUCUCAAGAAGCAUUGCUGACUAUUGUAGAGGUGCUGCUCUACGAUCCUCUUUUCGACUGGACCAUGAACCCCUUGAAAGCUUUGUAUUUGCAGCAGAGACCGGAGGAUGAGGCUGACAUGAGCUCUACACUCAAUGCUGAUCCACAAGAAUGUAAAAGAAAAGCCAGCGAUGACCAGAGUUUUAACAAAGUGGCUGAGCGUGUUCUGAUGAGACUUCAGGAGAAGCUGAAAGGGGUUGAGGAGGGAACAGUGCUCAGUGUGGGAGGGCAGGUGAACCUCCUCAUACAGCAGGCCAUGGACCCUAAAAAUCUGAGCCGACUUUUUCCUGGAUGGAAAGCCUGGGUGUGA